UUCUUUUUUUCUUUUUUUAUAUAUAUUUUCUAUUAUGUCUAGUACUCCUUUUUAUGAAUUAUACCGUCGCUCUAGUAUUGGCAUGGCUUUAACAGAUUCACUAGAUGAACUAAUUCAGAGUGGGCAUAUUAAUCCUCAACUCGCCAUGCGCGUCUUGAUGACCUUUGAUAGAAGUAUUUCAGAAGCACUUUCACAGAUUGUCAGAAAUAAGGCCAACAUUAAGGGCCAUUUACAUACCUAUCGUUUUUGUGAUGAGGUUUGGACAUUUAUUGUUGAAAACCCUACAUUCAAGUUUGAUCAAGACAAUGUCUCUGCUGACAAAGUCAAGAUUGUUGCUUGUAAUGCUAAAAAGCCAGGAGAACAAUAAUAAUAAGAACAAUGUAAAUUCAUCACAUGUAUACACAUUUUGUAAAUAAAAGUUAAAAAAAAGG